AUUGAAAAUCAUGGACAAAAAUAACUUCAGGGCCGGAGCUCGCAUUGGAAGCGGAUUCGGCCCAAAUACGGAAGGGGCGAAGCAGGCCGGCAAAUGUGGGCUUCAGUCGGCCCAGCCCGUUUGUGGAAGCCUGCUCUAUCCGUCAAAUCGCGAACCGACGUUGAACUAGGUGGCGGCGGUUUUUACCACAUUCUUCAUCGUCCCCCCUGCUUUGUUACGGAGAGCAGCGAGGCUCCUUCUUCACCGCCGAUAGUCAGAGAUGUUGUCUCCGACCAAAGGUAAGAAACAAGACGUCUGGGGAGAGAAAACAAAAGAGGUGACCGGAAAAUGGCGGGCAUGGGGGAUGGGUACGUGGGAACGGCGCAGGACUCCGUCGGCUGGAGAAGCAGCGAGAAGCUCAGCGCCGGAAAAUCGAGGAGAUGAAGACAAAGUCCGCCUCUGACAAAGGCGGGCCUGGACUUCUCGUCUUCUCCAGUUUGGGUCUAGUACAUCGGAGAUUCUGGAGACUGCGUUUAAGAAAGAAACUGUGGAGUUAGUUACAAGGGAGCAGUAUGUCGAGAAGAGUGUUACUAUUCAGAAUAAGCUUGAAGAAGAUGAGAAGGAGAAGCUGCAAAAGCUGCGGCAAGAGGAGGAGGAAGCUCAGCUAGCCAAGCGCAAGAAGAGGAAGAUUAAAGGGAAUUCAAAGCUUUCUUUUUCUGAUGAUUUUGAGGAUGGAAUGGAAGAUGAAGAUGGUGGAAUCGAAGAUCCUGUUCCAAAUAAGUUGACUCGUGGGAAAUUUGGCAAAGAUCCCACUGUAGAAACAAGUUUCUUGUCUGACAGGGGGGUUGAGGAUGCUGAUAAAGUGAGAGGGAGGCUGAGGAGCAAGCUGAACGUGAAAGGUUGCGGAAACAAAUGGGUUCGUGAGCAGGAGCAGAUUAAAAAUGAGGCCCUUCAAAUUACUUACAGUUACUGGGAUGGAACGGGCCACCGCAGGGUGAUCCAGGCGCGAAAAGGUGAUAGCAUUGGGGAGUUUCUGCGGUCAGUUCAACAGCAACUGGCACCUGAGUUCAGAGAAAUCAGAACAACUUCUGUUGAGAACUUGCUCUAUGUGAAAGAGGAUCUUAUCAUUCCUCAUCAACACAGCUUCUAUGAGCUCAUAGUCAACAAAGCGAGAGGAAAAAGUGGACCGCUUUUCCACUUUGAUGUGCACGAGGAUGUGUGUACAACUGCUGAUGCAACCAUAGAGAAGGAUGAGUCCCAUGCUGGUAAAGUGGCUGAGAGGCAUUGGUACGAGAAGAACAAACGUAUAUUCCCUGCAUCAAGAUGGGAGGUCUGCAUC